AUGAGCGCAGCUGAGGAGGCGGCAGCGGCCAAGGCAGAGGUGGAGGUGGAGGCGUCGCCGGAGUUCACGGCGCGGGCAGCGCUGCAGCAGUACCACACCAACGUGCGCGCAAACAUGCUCGGCCGUGCCAUCGUGGAGUCCACCAAUCUCGCCGCCGCCGCGGUGGAGGAGCUCGCGCAGUCGCAUGCCCACACCGUGGAGCAGCUGAACGCGCAGGUUGCGGACCUGCAGCAGCAGCUGCUCGAGGCGGCCACGCUAAUUGAGAUGCUUGGUGGGCGCAUUGCCGGUGACGCAAAUGCGCCGUCACCCUCCGCCGUGCGGCAGUCGUUCACGCUGGACGUCUGCACCGCAUCGCGUGAGGGGGGCAGCGGCCAGCAGCACACCGAGGUGGAGGGGAGCCGGCUGACAGUGGUGCAGGAUGAGCAGCGCCAACCAGACGACGAGGAGGAACAGAAACAUAAGCAGCGGCAUCCUUCGACCGUAGAAGAGGCCGCUUCCGACGCGUUUGCGACGGCGCAUAGUGGAAGCCGCUGCACCGGUCAGACACUCCUGGCUGAAGGCGAAGUGGCCCACUCCGCGCUCUUCGCAGAGGCUCUUCAGGACCGCGGAACGUUGAAGCUGCAGCAACAGCAGCAGGCUAUGAUGGUGACACAAAUAAAGGAGCUGACGGCGCUGCUGGCAAAGGUGGUGAAGGAGAACUCUACGUACCGCCAAGAACUACAGCUGUUGCGCGCCACGACUGUUCCGGUGGAGGAACACCGGCAGCUUCUCGCUGAGCGCGACGCUCUCGAGCAGGAGUAUGGCUCUGUCAAGGUGGAGUUGCUGCGGUUAGAAGAUGAACUCCAAUCAGCCUUGGGUGCCGCUCCCUUACAGCAGCAGAGUCGGCAGGAAGUGUUGAAGGCUCCUGAUCUAGCCCUUCUACAUGAGGGCGCAACAGCGUUGCAACAGGCAUCUGCGCCUUCGCAGCAGGAGGAGCCGGAGUCGUUGCCGAUAGACGUCACGCACGCCUCCACCGCAACAGAGGGGAUGUUCCACCCGGCCCGAAGCCACAUCGAUGACAGCACAACCCACACGGCCAGCGGUUUCGGUGAUGAAGAUUUGCAGCACGUGGGUCUCUGGAAGACGGCGAUUCGCGAGCUCGAGCAACAGGCAACCCUUGCGGCAUCGCAGCUCUCCGCUGCAGAACAUCUACGGGAGGCAGAAGGACGCAUUGAGGAGCUGCAAACACUCAACGAUGAACUCCGCGCGUCUCUGACGCAAUUGGAGACGGAGGAUGAGUGUGUGCGGCAGGACUGCCAGCAGCUGACGUUCCGAAACGGUGUUUUGUCUCAGCAAGUAGCCUCCCUGCUGGUGCGGGUGGAGCGACAGCGCCGCGCAUUAGAGCGACGGGAGCAACAGCCGCAGUGGAGAGAGGCCGAGCAGGAUGAAGAGUCUGUGUCAGACACAGAGGUGCUUCUUGAAGGUGAAGAGCCCUCGCAGCCGCGGGGUGGCUGCCGUGUACCACGGGGACGCGUGGCGUCAGCUGCACAGGCGCUUCUUGAGCACCGCAGUUCCGUGUCGGCGCGCACCCCAGCAGCAGCAACCGCAACAACGGCAGAUGGUCUCAGUGAUUUGCUGGAUGUUUCGCUGCGGCCCAGUGGGCCGCUUGAGAUCGAGGGCGGUGUGCGGACAGGCCUCGGCGUGUUCGCAUGCCCAGUGCGUCGCUCGCUGCAGCUGCGCAACAUGGGCUCGCCGCCCGUUGAGGCGGAACUCACCCGUGUGCCGCGGCUGCCUGCGGCCGACCAGCUCAGUGGCGUGGCGCUGGGGCGGCCGUCGUACUACGCGACGCUGAACCCCGCGCGCCCCACCGUGGUGGACCGCAGCGGUGUCAAGGAGAGCGACAGCGGGAGCAGCAGGAACGGGGGCCGAAAGGGCUUGCUGGGCUCCGCCACAACGACGUGGAUCGUCAGCGAGGAUGCGGAGGAGAACAGGCGGUUCCUCGAGCUCCUCCGCGAGGAUGAGAAUCUCGAUCGCUACUCUAUCAACUCAGUGGCAGAGUUGCUGCAACGUAAUCAGGAGUUGCUUCAGCAGCUGUACGCGGCCACGCAGCGCGCCGAUCUCGCAGCGGAGCGGCUGUACCGACUUGAAGGAAGCCGCGCUACAUCUGACACGGAGGCCGCACAGCCGCAAUUCAGGGUCUGUCGUAAGCGCAGGCGGGAGGAAUGGACAGAGUCGGACGGACAGCAGCCGCAAGAGGGGCAGAGCAGCAGCGGUUCGGCGGGUUACGCAUCGCGGGAAAGCGCACUCAACGACGGGAACGUCUACAGCCGGACCUCCGCCUCUCUGUCAAAGAAACAAGAACAGGCCGUGGAGGAAGAAGAGGAGGGGGAGAUGGCGGAACAAGAAGAAGAAGCGGGUCAUGGUGGGUUGUUGCUUCCUGUGGCUGCGAAUGAUGAACGCUACGCACAAUUGGAAACACACGUCGACGAGCACAUUAACGCCGUGCUGCGGAAACACGAGGCGCAGCUGACACUCACCGACAAUAGGCUGGCCGCGUCCCUCCUUCGCAUAAUGGAGUUGGCCCGCAGCAGCGGCAGCAAUGAAGAAGAAGCUGUGGCGAGCACCAUGAAGGACGCUGUCAUCACAUCCCUCGUGCGUGUCUGCACCGAGCAGGGGGUGCGUGCGGCGAGUCAGGCCAUCGCCCUCGCCGCGGCGCAGGAGUCGGGGCAGGCGGAGAUGAUGCGUGAGUGCUGGACGGAGGCGCAGGGCGUCCUGCUGCGCACCGCC